GUGUUGCCAGCGCCGCAGCUCUCCCCGCGCGUCCUCUGGCCCCGCCCGCCCGCGUCGCCUCUUCUCUCACCCCAGCGGGAAAACCAUGAAGGUCGCCAGUGGCAGCGCCGCGGCCGCCGCGGGCCCCAGCUGCUCCCUGAAGGCGGGCAAGGCCGCGGGCGGCGCGGGCGAGGUGGUGCGCUGCCUGUCGGAGCAGAGCGUGGCCAUCUCGCGCUGCGCGGGGGGCGCGGGUUCGCGCCUGCCCGCCCUGCUGGACGAGCCGCAGGUGAACGUUCUGCUCUACGACAUGAACGGCUGCUACUCGCGCCUCAAGGAGCUGGUGCCCACCCUGCCCCAGAACCGCAAGGUGAGCAAGGUGGAGAUCCUGCAGCACGUCAUCGACUACAUCUGGGACCUGGAGUCGGAGCUGAGGUCCGAAUCCCAAGUCGGAACGCCCGGGGCCCGGGGGCUCCCCGCGCGGGCCCCGCUCAGCACCCUCAACGGCGAGAUCAGCGCGCUGGCGGCCGAGGCGGCGUGUGUUCCGGCGGACGAUCGCAUCUUGUGUCGCUGAAGUGCCCCCGCCUGGCACCCGCGGAGCCCAGCCCUCCUGGGGCCGGCAGGAAUAAGCGCUCUCUGAGCCUCCAGGCGCGUCGAGGUUGCCGGGGAGGAACAGGACUGAGAUCCGAGGCCAUCCCGGACUUGCUGGAUCCAGCCCGGCGCUGGGGACUGACUGGGCAGGCGACCCACCUCCACACCUAUCAGUCACCAGAGACUUGGGGGUAUUUCCCCCGUUUGUUUCUAUUUUUUGAAAAGCAGACAUUUUAAAAAAUGGUCACGUUUGGUGCUUCUCAGAUUUCUGAGGAAAUUAAUUGCUUUGUAUUGUAUAUUACAAUGAUCACCGACUGAAAAUAUUGUUUUACAAUAGUUCUGUGGGGGGUUUUUUUGUUGUUGUUAUUAAACAAAUACUUUAGAUGGUGGUAAAGUUGCAGUGACUUCUCGGAUUGAGGGGGCUGGGCUGAGGGUGACCACCCCCCCAUUCUGUCGCAGCUGGUGCUGGAAGGAAGGGGACGGGAGGGUUACAUCUGGACUGUCACUUUGCCGACCUGAAAUGAGUGUUUCCGGUGUCUUUAAAGUAUUCUUUUCCCCAUCCCUGGCCAUUUCCCUGCUCCCCAGAGUCAUAAAAUUAAUCCUCUAGACCUCUAGGGUUUCCUAAAGUGGUCCUGGGGCCAUCUGGGUCACCUGGGGAGGUUGUUAAAAUGCAGAUCAACCUGCCACGGCCCCCUCUGGGUGGACUAUUCAAUAAACCAUUGAAGUGGGAGAAGCAGGUCACUAGGCCACCUGCAUCUUUGCGGAGAGGUGGGGGAAGUGAGACCCAGAGAAAAGGGGCUUGCCCAAAGCUGCAGUUUGAGCCCGGGCUAAUAUCGCCCCAUUCCCCAGUAGGAGGUGUCUCCCUGAUAGGCCAGCCUAACCUUGGAUCCCAGCAGGCUGCCCUGGGGCUCCCAGCUUGUCCAAGUGGGUGAGCAUGUUGGCAGGGCCAGCCUGGGCACAGCUGCCGGGCCACCUGCUCUGGGUCCGGAUUCGGCCCCCUCCCCCUGGCUUGGCUAUGCCAGCAGCUCACACUAACCUCUCUUACCCCCUGGGCUCCUGUGUGGGCUCUGCGGAGGCGUGGGCCAGUCUGUAGCUCCUGAGCAGGAAAAAGGUGUCAUUGGCGAAGACCUAUCUGCCUGGGCAUGCGAGUUUGCACUCAUGGGGGGGGGGGCGGUGCAAGUGGGUCUGGGCCUGUAUAUGUGACAUGAGUGAACUGGUAGUGCCCCCCAAACUCGAAUGGGGUUGGGUCAUCUGUGUACAGACUUGGGUGUGUCGGUGAGGAUAUGCACGAUAUGCACAGGGGUGUAUGCAGAAAGGCAAAUGUGAGCACAUGUGUGCUGCAGAUAAGUGUGCAGCCUCCAGCUGUUUGGGCUUGUGUGUCUGCCUGAAUGUGGUGGACAUCUCUGCAUGGGUCUGGCUUGAUGGAUGGGCUUGUGUAUCAGGGCUGCAGAACCACAUUGGGCUGGUCUAAGUGUGUAAUCGUUCUGCAGAUUGGUUGGCAUUCCUGGUCUGGAGUCGAGGAGAGGGCAGCUGUUCAGGCAGAUCCUCUUCACAGUUCAAUACCAGCCGUCUGGGCAAUUGUCAGGUCCUGGGGUCACUAGCCCUCAAGUAGCCCUACUGGUUGGCUCUGGCAUAUAACUUGGAGAAACCGAGUCCCAGGAAGGGCAAAGAACUUGCCAGCAGAGGGUAAGGACUAUUAAUGCACUUUCAACAAAUAAAAGAAAAAUAAAUAGCACCUAGUACCACCAGCCUGACCCUGCUCAACCCUCUACAUAAAGGAUUUCAGGGAUUGCCUUGGGGUUCAGGGCAGGAUUCUGAUCCCGGGUUUACAACAGAAGAAACUGAGGCUCGGAGGGAAUGAACAACAAAAAAUUAAAGAUUAUCAUCUAUUGCGCACCAAGCCAGGAACCAGACCCUCCCCAAACACAUUAUGAACUUUAUCAAAGAACAUAAUAUUUAUAGGUAAAUUAUGUCCUUUGAUACUCCCCACCCGGCUGCUGUUUUAUAGCAUUAACGCCACAUAAUUGUUGUAGAGAAUAGCGCGGUG